AUGAACAACACCGUCACUUUGGUUCCCUCUGAUCAAAUCAUUGUGGCCUACUCGGAUGGUGAGAUCACCACCAGAGAUAUUUCUCGUGCUUUGUUCUACGCCAAUUCUCGCUUGUUGGCCAUGCGCCUGUAUAUUGACAAGAGCUUUCCACCGCCAUGCCUGAUUAUGCAGAAAUUUUUUACACACUCAUGCAAUGGGAAAUGGAGGUGCUCUGCCACCAUUCCAAAACCUCUCCACAAUGUGAUUGCAAUUUUGGUUGAGCAUAAAUUGAUGAACCAGCAACCGGAUGUGAAUGAGGUCCUCAUGGAAAUCAAAGCAUUGCCUCUCUCUGUCAAUUCCGCCACAUCAGAUGAAUAUGACAUCGCUUGUAUGCCAAACUACUUUAAUGCCUGGGUGCUAGACAUGUUGCCAAAAUCAUCUGUCCAAGAUGUGAUGGAGUUGGUUGAGGGCCAUUUUUUAGAACUCCCGAAUCAUGUGGAAACCGACCUCCUCCUGUAUAUGCUCACACUUGGCCUGGUUCAUUAA